UCGUCACUUUCUUUCCUCAAACUUUGCUGCAUUUCCUUACUUUCUCUCUCUUAAAACAAAAACAAACAUGUCCUUCUAUUGCUAUAAAAGUAAACUCCAUUUCCCCUCAACGACUCCUCCACACCAAACCUCUCUCGCUUCUCAUUUCAAAGAACAACAAGAAAAAAGAAAGAAGAAGAAAGACAAAAAAAAAUCAAGAGAACGGACUCGAGAAAGCCUUAUUUUAUAGAAGAAGCUGAGAUGGAUGCUGGAGUUUCCACUCCCUGUUACAAAAACAUGAAUCAGUACCAUCCCCAGAGUUAUUACAAUUACCAUCAGAACUCACCUAGAUCUGCUGUUGUUCCUGGAAAGUUCCAUUAUUAUAGAGCCGACAAUAGCUAUUUCGGACAACAAUCACUUCCUCACUUCUUGGACUCUUGUUCUCUCUGUAAGAAGCGUCUUGGUGACAACAGAGACAUCUUUAUGUACAGAGGAGACACUCCGUUCUGUAGCGAAGAGUGUAGAGAAGAACAGAUAAAUAAAGACGAAGUGAAAGAGAAGAAACGUAAUCUGUCUUCAUCUGUGAAAGCUAUGAGAAGAAAUGAAAAGAGAAGCUCUUCUUCUUCUCCAACUAGAUCUCGUGACUAUGCUUUACACACUGGAACUGUUGUUGCUGCCUAGUUCGAUUCCUCUUUAUUUAAAACUGGAAGAUAAAAAAAAAAAAGAGAAGAAUCCAUUAACGUCAAUUGCUGUAAAAGCUGGUUAAUGGUUUGAAAAAACUCAGGGAAACAAAAUAAAAAGAUAAAAAGAAAAUAAAAAGUGAAGAAACCUCUCUUUUUCAA